CCUGGGCUGCACUUAACCACUACACCACUGGGCUGGUCCCUGACUUUGCUGAUUUCUUUUCUUGCUUUAUCUGAGUCUACAGGACAGGCUCUGGGGUGGGUGGACCUAGGUUCAAAUCCCAGGUCCAUAAAUUUACUAGCUAGAUGAUCUACAGCAAAUUACUUAAACUCUCUAAGCCUUGGUUUUCCCGAAGUAAAGAUAGUAAUACCAACUCCCAUAGGGUUGUUGGAGGUUUAAAUGAGACAACAUAUAUAAAGCACUGGGCAUGGUACCUGGCAUCCUGGAAGCACUCACUGCAACGACAGCCAUUAAUAUUACUUCGUUUGAUGAUUCGGUAAAUAAAGACUAAGAAAACACAGCUUCCUGGUCAAAUUUCUUCCAGUAGCUUGGGCUACAGUCAUGAGUCUCUGAAUGUGGAGAGGGGAGUACAUACAUAGGGUACAAUUUUAUCCCACAUGGGGAUGUGACCAAGGUCACAGCUGGGACCAGGAGAUGGCAUGCACCCAAAAUGCAGAUUUUGCUCAAUAGUGACAAUAUUAUAACAAUGAGGGCUGUCCAAGAACAGACUGUGCUGGGUAGAGGCCCUCACCACUGCAAGUGUCCGUGUGGAGGCUGAGAAACACUGCACAGAGUUGAGAGAAAGGAACCCUGCCUGGGGCUCAGGGUUGGAAGAGAUGCCCUUAACCUCCCUUCAGAAGCUCAAGCUGCAAUGCCAUCUGCCUGGAUGCUCAUCCUUCUUAGCAGUGUUCUUAACUCUCACUCCCACCCAAAGAGCUUCUAGUCCCAAGAUUCCCUUAGCACUUCCAAGCAAGCACAAAUAAAAAUGUAUUCCAGUGGAUGGAAACUGCUCAGCAGCCCUCCCCAGUUCUAGGUAGAGGAGGUGAAUAAUUUUGGAAUUGUUUUACCAUGCUUGUUAAGGGGGUUUCAAAAAAUCCCCCUUACAGACCUGCUCAGUGCACACAGGGGCCCUCUUGUUGACGUCCCCUCAUUGGUCUUGGAUUCUGGUCUAGGCCAGAAGUUUAGGCCUUAGUUGAUGGCCCAAGCUCAGGAAGGACCAGCAUGAAAUGAGCAGAAUUCAAAAUUGUCCUAAGUCAACAAACUCCCCUCACUCCCCUCCCACCCCCAAGAUACACCACACCCAUGCAAGAGGAAACGCACACGCAUGCUGGAAAGAACACGCACACGCACCCCCGGAGGGCACCCAUCUGACCUGCUGGCUCUGGAGGAGGCUGGGCCCUAUUGAGAAAAUGUGGGAAUAUGGGAGCCUGGGCAUUUUCUGAGGUUUGGCAAAGAAAAACAGGAAGGCAACAGGACUUGAGACACUGGAAACUUGCUACAAAUCUCUUACACUGAACCAGUCCUACUAACUGAGUCAGGUUACAACUCUGGGCCUGCCUUUAGAAACUAAUUAUGCAUCUUUUUUACGAUGGCUCACUUAAAAUCGAGCUUGUUUCAAUCUACACUGCACAAAGCAGAUAACUUUAUGAGAGCUGAAGAAAUAAACGAUCUUGAUUCAGGAAUUAGAGCCAUAUUAACGUGAGACACAGAUGUGCAUUUUUUUAGAAAAAGGCAAAACUAUUUUAAGGAGAGAACAAAUAGAGUGAGUUUGAUCUGGCAGAUCCUGGGCACUGUAUCUGUAUAUAGACUUUAAAAAAAAUUGUGGUGAAAUAUCUGUAGCAUAAAAGCUACGAUUUUAACCACUUUUAAGUGUUGUACAUGGACUUUUAGUCAGAAGGCCUCCAUCUCUCACCAGAUGGUAAACAAGGCCAGCCACGUCAAACAAUGCGGCCUAUUUAUUUAGCAAACGGAAUUUGCAAGCAAUUUGCAUCUCUGCUUUCUGGAAUCACAAUUGCUGUUUUCACAGAUCCCAAGGGGAAUUAAAACUGUUUAUAAUUUCCUGUUUUAGUCACAAUUUCUCUAAUGUUCUUUGAGCAAUUUGAACACCAUCAGCACAUAAACACAGCUCCCUAAUUCAGGUUGGAGAGCUGCGGGCCAACUCUCUGAAACCACUGCAGGUAAAUAAAGACUCAGGUAAAUGAAUAAAACAGCAAGACCGUCCUUGUUGGGAAAGAUCACAGGGUAUGAUGGGUUAAAGCACUGAUAACUCCUGAGCGACAGGUUCAAAUCCAUCGCUAGGGUGUGGGUAAAACUACUCAUGUGUCUGUCUGUCCCUUACUGACAUCUGCUGAUCUAGAGGGCUGGGUCUCCAAUAUGUGGGUUUCCUUCUUGGCCUGCUCAGCUCAGAGGCUGAAAGAUCCAAGGGAGUUGCUGUAGAGACCUCAAGAAAUGAUGCUCUUCUCUUUCUUGUCUCACUAACAAAGUCCUUGGAGAAGGCAAGACGGAGAACAGGAACUGAGCCUUUCCUGUUCAGAGACACCACAUCAACCCUAUAAUACUUAGAGAUGCCCAAAUUUUUGGAGGAAACCAAUGCUAUCACUUUGUAAAUAAUCUGUACCAUAUGAUCAUAUGUAAGUGUAUAAUGUUUCUCUGUUUAUGAAUGUUUUUACAUAAUUCCUUCAUAACUUGCCCAGGUAUAUUUGUUCUCUGUGGCUAUUACAAAUUUCCACAAACCUGGUGGCUUAAAACAAUAGAAAUUUAUUCUUGCAUAGUUCUGGAAGCCAUAAUCCAAAGUCAGUAUCACUGGGCCAAAAUUAAAGCAUCAGCAGGGCCACACUCCCUCCAGAUGCUCUAGGGGACAACCCAUCCCUUGCCUCUUCCAGCUCCUGGUGGCUGCCAGCAUUCCUGGACUUGUGGCUGCAUCACUCCAAUCUUCAGAUCUCUCUGCUGAGAUCUGGCCUUCUCCUCUGUAUGCAUGUCACCUCCCUCUGCCUCCCUCUCAUCAGGACACUUGUGAUGGCAUUUAGGACCCAUCCUGAUAAUCCAGGAUAAUCUGCCCAUCUCAAGAUCCUUUACCUAAUCACAUUUGCAAAGCCCUUUUUCCAAAUAAGGUAAUAUUUGCAGGUUCCAGGAUUAGGACCUGCUGUCUUGGGGGCCGUUAUCAGCCUACUAGACCAGGGAAGGCAGGCACAAUGAUCCCCAUUUAGCAGAGGAGGAAUCGAAAGCCCAAAUGAAGUGAGAGACUUGCCUGAAAUACAAGAUGAUAGUCUGCCUUAUGUACCCACUGCCAAAUGACCGAAAUUCUUCUAGACUGGUGGGUAAGUAACGUUGGGUAGCCUGGGAGUGGGACCACGCAGACAUGGGGGGGGGGUGGCACUGCUAGUGCUGAGACAGACUCCCUUGGUCAGGCUACGUGGGAAGUGCUGGCACCCAGGAAUGGCCCCAGCUGUGACGUACCCAGCUUGCUGCAGCAAAGCACUGGGUCCUCGGUCCCAUGGACCAUGACCUAAUGGGGAAGGCACUGCCAGAGUAGGAUAAAUUUCUAAGGUCAAAUCCUGACUCACAGGGGCAUCACUUAGCAAGUGACGACCACACCAAACACAAGAUCACACCAACAAUUUCCAAAGACCGAAACAUUAAUGGGAAAUUAUUAGCAUAAUUUAAGGGAUGAUUUGUGCCACAAUCUCUAUCACUCGGAAGGCAGUUUUAUGAUAGACUCUAUAUAAUUUAUUUAGAGAAUAUUUUUAAAGUUUUGACUCAUAUGCAAAUUUUGAAUCCUGAAGCAGUUGCUAAAGGUUUUUUAGAUUCAAUGUCACCCCUAACCCUGAGUGACAGAGCUCUUAGGCAGGGGUACUUGGACUCCAGACUCCAGAGGAGGAAACACUUGCUGGCCAUAUUUUUCCAAAUGUAUUUGAUGUUUUCUCUGUCGGCUACAUUCAGGUGGCUCGAUGCUCUCUCUGAGGUAUUUAAGUUCCUUGCCUGUUCCCAUCAUUCUAGAAUCCACUAAACAGCAAAGUCCUGUCUCUACCUCUCCGGAGAAGGUAACAUAAGGCAAAGAGCUCUCGUUGACCAUUGUUGACUGCAGAACGGCACGAGCAGAGCAGCAGCGCAUCCGAGAGGCCAGCUGGAAGCUCGGGCUCUGGACCAACAGACCUCGGCUUGGAGCCCUGCUCUGCCACAACCUCGCUCUGUGCUCACGGUCAAGUUAAUGAACCCCUCUGAGCCUCGGUUUCUCCCUUUGUACAAUGGUGAUAAGAGGGCCUACCUCAAAGAGUUCCCCAUGGGUAAAACGAGAAAACAUAUGUAAAAUGCACCAAAAAGUUCUUAGUGGUUAUUUCUGAGCUGUACAAGUUUUACUGUCAUCUUUGAACUUUUCUAUAUUCCUUAAUUUAUGUACAAUAAGCAUAUAUGUUUUUUUAAAAAACAAAGCUGUUUUAAGAAUAAAAAUAAAGGGAAGCAAGUACCAUCCAGGGUGCCAACCUUGCCCAUUACAGCCUCUGGAUGAAGCUACAACCAACUCAGGAAACGGCUCUGAGCCACUGACCUUCUGUUCUUAGUAAUAACAGCUGCUUCUCCUAAGCCCAGCACUGCACAGAGAUGGGCUCAUCUCUCUGCUGCAACAACGCUGUAAGGCAGGUAUUAUUGAUAUUCCCAUUUUACAGAAGAGUUAAUCAAGGCACAGAAGAGUCAGGGAAUUUGUCCAAGGCCACACAGGCAGGAUGUGAACCCAGUCUGGGGGUAUCAGGACCUGCACUCUGAACCACUACCUUCCUCUGGGUGCCCUGACAUCAUUCCUUCACUGCCACCUGCAGGAAGGACUCAGGGACCCCGCUCUUGGCUGAUGUCCUCUGGCAGUAAUUUAUCACUGGUGUAAACCAACCAGGCACCUCCUGGCCAGACAGCUGAAGAGGCUACAACUUGGAUCCCACAGAAGGGUCCUUCCUGAUUGAGGACAAAGAGUGGGCUGGGCUGGGGUGCCAUCUCCUGAGCAAGUGUCCCCAGGGGAUCAGUCUCAUUCACCAAGGGCUGCACUGGCUCCUCUGGGUGCUGCUGGUGAAUGGUGACAGCCCAGAGGAGCAGGACAAGCCCUGGACUCGGAGUCAGGGACUCGGUUUCCACUCCUGACUCUGCCACUAAUCAGGUGCGCAGCCUGAGGAACGCCAUCUCUUCUCCUGGAAUCUGUGAGACAAGAGAAGUUCUAGGCCUCGUGUUCUCUGAGCGUCUCGACUUCUCAAAUAAAAAGCUCAGUGUCAAAAUGGCAUCCAGGAGGAUUAAAAAUAAAUUCCCACUUUCGGUGGCAAAGGCUUCAGUUCUGUCUCGUCACUCCACAGGCCCCUAACUCUGGUAUUUUUAUUCCCCUCAAAAUAACCUUUUCAAAAGGCACCUGUAAACUGCUGCCCUGGCCUUUCUGUGGGGAGGACGCUUUUACGCUCUGCAGGCAGUCAUCAUCAGCACGUAUUCCAGCAGAUCACAGACAGGCCCCUGGAAAGGCCAAACGCCGCAGGAAAGCCACGGAACAAGUGUCUAAUCGAGGACGACGGACAUCCCGAGACUCCAAGGCGCACAGAGAGCCCUGGCCCGGGGAGGGUCUCUGGCUCACCAGGCAACGCCCCAUAACUUUCUGAUUAUCACAGGGAGAUUUUCCUAGGUUCACGUGGAUACUCUGACCAAGAACCAAGAAGAAAAAGGCUGACUUUUUAAAACACAUCAUUUGUGUAAAAUAAUUCAGGUCUAAAUCGAUCCGACCGAGGGGCGCCGUAACAAAUGACCACAAACUUGGUGGCUGAACUUUAUUCUCUAUUUCAGACACGCUCUGGAGUCUCCCCAACGGAACGGUGGCAACAUGUUAUUUUAAGGCUGAGGGGAACAGGAAGGGGUGGAAUUUCAGAGGGAGAUAAACCUUUAUGGGAAAUGGAAACAGGCGAGGAAGCAAAGUCAGGAUUCUUGAAAGAAAAGGAACUUUGGGGAUCAUCCAACCCAGGAACAGUAAACAGUUUCCAUUUCUGGUGUCAACUCCAACUGAUUGAGUGGUUAAGCAGCUUCUUGGGAUGCCUGUGUUGAGAAGGACUCUGAGGCUGUGUUUCUGAGCCCAGCUGGAAGGACUGCUGUAUUAGUUUCCUAGGGCUGCAGAACAAGUUACCACAAAUGUGGUGACUUAAAACAAGAGACAUUUAUCUCACAGUUGUGGAGCCCAGAAGCCUGAAAUCAAGGUGCUAGCAAGGCCACACUCCCUCUGCAGGCUCUAGGGGAGCAUCCUUCCUUGCAUCCUCCAGCUCCUGGUGGCUCCUGGCAUUCCUUGGCUUAUGGCAGCAGCACUCUAGUCUCUUUCUUUGUCUUCACAUGGCUUCUUCCCUUUGUAUCCCUCUGUGUGCAAAUCUCCCUCUCCUUCCUCUUAUAAGGACACCAGUCACUGGAUUUAGGGCUUCUCCUAAAUCCAGGAUGAUAUCAUUUCGAGAUCCUUAACUAAUUAAAUCCAAAAAGAGUCUAUUUCCAAAUAAGGUCACAUUCUGAGGUUCUGGGUGGACCUGAAUUUUGGGGGGACACUCAAACCCCCAUGGCACAAGUGCCAUGAUAGUUUAGCAAGCCUGACACGGGUUCAGGACUAGGCAGAAGUAGUAUUCAAAUUUUCUAUCUGCCAUCCUGAUCUCGCCCAAACCCACAGAUUUAGAGAUGAUGGAAUUGAGGUUCAGAAAAUAAAGAGUCUUGACUAGUGCCACGGGAGACAAGAAUAAAGAAAAAAGAGGACCUAAGGGUGGGUAGGAGGCAAGGCAGAAUUUGGGGGGGGAGCGGGUAGGAGGGGAUGAGGAUGAUAUUACUGUUUUAGUUGUGGGAUAACUGAGAAGGGCAUCUUUGCAUUUGAAACCAUUGUCCAAAGAGGGUCUAGAGGGGGCAAAAAGAAAAAGAUAACUAGCCAAUUAGAGAGAAAAUUUAGGAGCCUUGGAAGAAUUAGCACUAUUCUGAGGAUGAGUUUGCAGGAGACUGUUUGCCUUUUUUCAGCCAAAGGGAUGAGAGCUCCUCUCACUGGGCAAAAGCCUUUCCAGACUGGUCCCUGACAGCAUCGUGCGUACAGAUGCAUGCUGGUUGCCAUGGUGAAUGAUGCUGAUCUGAAGAAAUGAAUAAUGUGAGCGUUGGGGGCGACAGUGGGAUUACUCAGACAGUGGCGAGAGAGACACCAAGGAGAGCCCAGAGCACAGGAGGGGAGAAGGCACCAUUCUGACAGCUUUGGUCCACUCUGCCUCUGAGAGCUGCGCUCUAUCCAGAUCCAUCAUUAACCAGAUCCACUACAAGCAUCAGAAUCAGGAUGAACAUCGAGGUUGGGAACGUUUCUUAUACGGGAGCCAUCAUUUCCUGGUCGUCCUCGGAGCCCUGCCUGGAGGACUAUUACCAUAUUAUGUAUAGGCCCAAUUGGAACAGCAUCUUCUCUGGCUAUCUUCGCUACAGCUUCCACCACGAGGAGAAGGUGCCUCGAUCUAUCAGCUCCGUGGUGCUGGAACACCUCGCCCCUUCCACUCUCUACUUCCUGUGCAUCAGCUGUAAGAAGGCUGCAUUCCCCUACAGGCACUACUGCACCAUGUUCCACACCCUGGAUAAGAGUCCACUGGCUGCUGGAAGCUCCCUGGUGGACCCCCAAAUCUCCCUUUGGGUCUUGAUGGCCAUUCUGCUGGCCUGCUUCACAGCCGUCUUAGCCUUCAUCUGCCUCCAGUUCUGGUGCAUCCGUUGCCAUGAGCCUCGAUGGUCUUACAGAGCUGGUCACAUGGAGGAAGCCAAUGGGUUGGUGAGAUGGCCAGAAGAGGCCCCAGCUCUCGGUCAGAGGGAGGAAGACCUGCAGGGGCUCCCCCUGGUGGAAAUGCCACGCAAGAACUCCAGAGCUGGAGCAGAACCGGAAGCCGAAGCUGACCAGGAAGCCCCGGAUGUGGGUGCCUUACAGAGAGAGGGUGGUGACCAACCCGCCCUACUGCCUCAUUUUGGGGAGUAAGAAGUAGAGAGGAGGCAGCCUGCAUCAUACAGCCUAAAGUCGCAUCCCUCCCGCCACUGCCCCCCUAAGCAGUAGGUCUUCUGGCUACAGACUACUCAUUCGUCUUCCCUCAACGUCAGUGUUCCAGUGAAUCACCUGGGUUGGAUGACUGCUCUAUCACAAAGCUUCUCAAGCUGGAAAACAUACACCCCCAUGUGCUGAGGGAGUAAUGUGGCACCUCUUAGGCAAGUCCAUUUUAGGGGGAGCCAGUUAGGAAUUAAAAACAUUAUCUUAAUACUAAAACAAACAUGAAUAUAUCAUGAUGUAGAAAGUGAGAUGUGCAUGGCUUAAAUAAAACACCAUACUUCAAGGAAAUUUUUGAGUUGAAGAACGGGCUCUUUGAGUUAUGCUUUCAGUCAUACUGGGGGGAGUUAUUCUAGAAAGCUGUGAGGAGACUUGUUCGUGAGUGUUUUCCAACUUUCAGGCCAUCACGUACCACCUUGUACCCCACCUUCAUUUUUUUUUAAACCAUAGACUACCUUUACUAUUACGAACAAUAGUUCUUUAAAUUCACUUAUUUUUAAAACUUCAAACUUUAUUUUAAGAGAUAGCCCUGUAUUACUCUAAAAGUGAAAAACUAGCAGCCCACUGCUAUAAAUAGAAGGGAAGAGACAUAAGAAUAAAUAUAAUGAAAACAUAAUAUUAAAUUUGACAGAUGCUAUUGCCUACUAAAGACUGAGCUUAAGGCCUGCUCUUUUAUCUUCGAUUAAAAGGGAGAUUAGAUUAGCAAACAUUGGAAAGGUAGUAAGGAAACAAUAGCACCAGCUUAAGUCUUUCUCCUGUGAGAAAGUCCAUGAACGAUCUAAAAUGCUAUCUGUAAGAGUCCCUUGAUUUGAGAAAGCUGCUUUGACCAGAUUGGUUGUUCUGAAGAAGAUACCCACACUCUCCCAGCAUCAGUCCAAGACCCUCUGAGCUCUACCUUAGGCCAAGCGGUGGGAACUUGUCUUGCUUCAUCACACUUCCAAAUCUAGGGCUCCUCGACCUAGACGAGUACUUUGUCUACCAACGUUAUAUUUAUCCGGCCAGCUCCUCUUCUAAGUCCCUCUGUGCUUACUUUUCGCAAAUGGGGUAAAAGGUGGCCAUUUUUAUUCCAUCACAAAGAAAAAUGUUGGCUUUUUUUGUUGUUGUUGACAACAGUGGCAUUCUUUAGUCGGCCUGUACCAACCCCCAGGGUAGAAAAUGAAUCUCCUACAUAUGUCAUCGUGUUGGUGAGACUUUGUGAACCUUGCUCCCCUGUCCCUACCAUGGAUGUGGAAAUGGAACUUGAGGAGGGCAGGGAUGAUGUCUGUUUUAGUCUCUGAUAUAUCCCCAGCAUGUAGAGGACUAGAGUAGGUGCUUAAUGCCUGGGAAUGGCAAAGGAUAGAAGAAGGCACCAUUUGAGAGGUUUAGUUUGUGUUAAGAUGUGUACAUAUCAGCAAAGCAGCAAAGAGAUGGGAGAAGACCUGUCUCUUUGCUCUAGCUCCAGCCAUCUGGGAUUUCCUUCAAAGCUCCACCUCCUCAACCACUUCCUGUCUGCAAAUCCCUUAUAUUUAUGGAGCACAACAUCCCAGAAUCACAGGACAAUACUGCAAUCAAUCAGCUGAGAAACAGGAGGAGAUGGGACACCAAGACGAGAAGCCCCACACACCCAUUUCCCUGCUCACCUCAGUGAAGUCCUCCCCAGACAGCCCUGCCCAGCAUCCAGCCCCACCAGGUCUGUGUUAACCCGCAUCCUUGCCAAUUGUGAACAAAUAAAGAUGAAUAUCCUCGCAGUCA